CCGCGGAAGCUGCGUGGGAGCCCAGCUGCCCCGCCUGUCUCCUGAGCCGUGUUGCCGGGCAUGAGCGGCCAGGCGGGGACGCUGGCUGGGCUUCCUCCGGCGCCCUGCCGCGUCCGCAGUGGGGCGAGCCGGGGGUGAGUGGAGCAGUCAGAGGCUGGGGCCAGCCCUUGCUCUGCACGCCGGGCAGGCUCAGCUCCUCUCGCUUCCUGCAGCAGAGGCGGGGACUCCAGUGAAGACAGACGCUGCACCUGAGCGCUGGCCCGUGGCCGCGUCGUGCUCCACAGGGCUUUCCCCGGAGAAGCAGCUCUGCUAUCUAGGAUGGGAUCCAAGCUCUCAGUGAACGACUCGGUGUGUGUUGUGAUCGUUGGAGGAGGUUUCGGGGGAAUUGCAACUGCCAGACAACUAAAGUCCUGGGGAAUCCCCUUUGUUCUUGUGGACAUGAGAGAUGCAUUCCACCACAAUGUGGGUGCUCUCCGGGCCUCUGUACAGAGUGGAUUUGCCAAGAAAACUUUCAUCUCUUACGCUGUGACCUUUGGGGAGAGCUUCCGACAAGCCAAGGUGGUUGGAAUAGACCUACUGAGGCAGAAAGUCUUGCUGAAUGAUGGUGAGGAGCUUUUCUAUUCUCACCUCAUCCUUGCUACAGGCAGUGAUGGGCCUUUCCCUGGGAAAUUUAACCAGAUCAUUGACAUGGAAACUGCCAUUCAGACUUACGAAGACAUGGUCAAGGAGGUCCAGAAAUCUCCACGUAUCGUGAUAGUAGGCGGUGGUGCUGCUGGAGUGGAGAUGGCUGCAGAGAUCAAAACAGAAUAUCCAGCCAAAGAGGUCACCCUCAUUCACUCAAAAAUCGCACUGGCUGAUGUGGAGCUUCUACCAAGUGUCCGGCAGGUGGUGAAGGAGAUUCUUCUCAAGAAAGAAGUGCGUCUCUUGUUAAGUGACAGAGUCAGCAACCUGCAUAUGCUGACUUUAAACCGAUUCCAAGAGAAUAUGGCAGUCAAGACAGAAAAGGGCAGAGAGGUUGCUGCUGACAUGGUGAUUCUCUGCACUGGUAUAAAGAUCAAUUCAUCAGCAUACAGCAGUGCAUUUGGGGACAAGCUGGCUAGUAAUGGUGCUUUAAAGGUCAACCAGUACCUCCAGGUGGAAGGGUAUGAUAACAUCUAUGCUAUUGGUGAUUGUACUGAUGUGAAGGAACCGAAGAUGGCAUACCAUGCUGGGCUCCAUGCCGAUAUUGUGGUGACAAACAUCAUCAACAGUCUGACACAGAAACCUCUUAAAACCUACCAGCCAGGAUCACUAACCUUCCUGCUGUCGAUGGGCCGGAAUGAUGGGGUAGGCCAGAUUAAUGGAUGCUACGUGGGACGUCUUUUGGUGACUAUUGUCAAGAGCCGGGACCUUUUUGUUUGUAAGAGCUGGAAGACUAUGGAACAGACUAUGCCCUGCUAGAUAGAAAGGAUCAUGAUGAAGUAGCAAGAGAGUACAUGUAUCAACUGGCAUGAAUAAAGCUGGAAAAGAG